AUGGCAUCACCGUUACUAGUCAUUGCUUUGGUUUGCCUCGCAGGCGGUGGCUCUCUUUUACCGGCGGUGGAAGCUAUAUGGUUAACGAUUCCAAGUAAGGGCGAUAAAUGCGUCUACGAAGACAUCCAAGCCAACGUGGUCGUCGUCGCCGACUUCCUUUGCAUUGAUCAAGAUAACGAAGCGGGACUUGGUCCUACAGUUGAUAUUCGGGUAACAUCAGCAUACGGGAAUGAAGUGUACAAGAAAACAAACGUGACGCAAGGUCGGUUUGCGUUUACAACGACCGAGAGCGGAACAUACUUAGCUUGUUUAAGGAUGCAUCACGAUCAGACACAUUACAAAGUCGAUAACACCACUGCUAUCGUCAAUCUUGACUGGAAGAUGGGUAUCGGUACUAAAGACUGGGAUGCUGUUGCUAAGAAAGAAAAGAUCGAGGCAAUUCCUUAA